GCAUGCGCAGAAAUUUCUGUUCAUAUAUCAUAUCACAGCUGUAGCUCAGAAUUGGAAGAAAGUCACCAUGUUUUCUCGUAUUUGCAGGCUUCGUGCCCCUACUUCUUCAUGUCUCAGACAAUUCUCAGCAUCAUCUGAGAGGUGUUUGCCAGCUCAGAUCAUCGAUGGGAAGAAGAUAGCCGACGAUGUCUUGAAGGAAAUCAAAGCUGAGACGGAUGAGUGGAUUGCACAAGGCAAUAGACCUCCACAGCUGAGUGUGGUUCUAGUUGGAGAGGAUCCUGCUAGUUCGGUCUAUGUCAAGAACAAAGCCAGAGCGGCUUCAAGAGCAGGUAUCACUUCAACAACGAUCAGAAAACCAGACACCAUCUCUCAGAAGGAGCUCCUGGCCAUCGUUGACGACCUCAACCAAGAUCCCAACGUCGAUGGCAUCCUGGUUCAGUUACCGGUCCCACCUCACAUGGAUGAGAGGACGAUCUGUGAUUCUGUGAUACCGGAGAAGGAUGUUGAUGGCUUCAACAUGGUCAACAUCGGCAGGCUGUGUUUAGACUUGCCUUCGGUCAUCCCGGCCACACCGUAUGGUAUAUGGGAACUCAUCAAACGAUCAGGCAUUGAUUUGUUUGGCAAGAAUGCUGUCGUCUGUGGGAGGUCAAAGAAUGUUGGAAUGCCGAUCGCCACAUUGAUGAAUGCCGAUGGAGCUCAUGCCUCUGGUAUGGGCCUGGAUGCUACCGUCACCCUGUGCCAUCGCUACACACCUCCAGAGCAAUUGAAUCGCUUUGUAAAGUCUGCCGAUAUCAUCGUCAUUGCUGUAGGUAUACCCAACCUGAUCACGGGGGACAUGGUCAAGGAUGGUGUGGCGGUCAUCGAUGUCGGUAUCAACAGGGUCAAGGAUGAGGAGACGGGGAAGUUCAAGCUGGUCGGCGAUGUCAAUUAUGAAGAGGUCUCGCAGAAGGCCAGUUACAUCACCCCAGUCCCUGGCGGUGUAGGACCAAUGACGGUAGCUAUGCUCAUGAAGAACACCAUGGAAGCAGCCAAGAGGAACAUCGAACGUCAAGCUCAGGCAGCGUCCGCAAGCAGUUGAUUACCGACCUAGCACCAGAGGCGCCGAAACAUUCUAUGCAGACAAAGGGUAUGGGGGUUGAACCGUUGUUAAUAUGUAAUAGUCUGCUCUCCAAAAGCUCUGUUUGGCCAGAGUGUUCCGGCACAACUGCCUAACACACACCCGACACACUUAGGACUCUGUAUGAACCCAGUAUUAACCCAUUAUGGACACGGUAAAGGCUAGAAACUAAGUACAACUAGAAGGUCUCAAGCAUCACAUAGUCUCCUCUUUUCAGGUAGGCGCCUUAAUCUUUUUUAGAUCAAAGCUUUCAUAUUAUUGUCUAUGAAUGUGGUCUGUGGUCAAUGUUUUUCAGGCUUUUGCAUCAAUUUACAAGUGCCAUCUCUGACAUCAGGGAAACAUUUCAUGAAACAAAGAAUGGGUGAUUCUCACUGACUAUUGUUAUAAGCUACUGUAAAUCCUUGCAUCUUAUUGGCUGAAAACAAAUUAAGUCAGUGAAAAUUACAGACUUAACUUUUAAUGAAAUGCUCCCCAGAAUAUUCAGAUCACCUUGUGAAAUGUGUUUGAUAUAUAAGUAUGUAAGCUUUAAAAAGCUGCAGGGUAAGCCUUACUUGUCACGAGCCUUGUCAUUGUCAUCAUGGAAUACCCAUGUACAUUUCAACAAAUUCUUUUGCUACUUAUUACACCUGCCCUCACUUCUUUGUAUAGUCUCCAAAUAAUAGUAGGUAUAUGUAACUUCUGAAGGUUUCCAUGGCGAAGAAGAAUAGUGUAGUAGCUUUCACGGUAUACCAUGUAUCUUUCUUGGGCAAGUGUUGGUCCUGAAAAGGACCACCCAAACUCGAUGUUUCGACAAGUGUGUUCUUGUCGAUUGAAUGGCCCUUUCCAGGACCAACACUUGCCCAAGAAAGAUACAUGGUAUACCGUGAAACCUACUACACUAGUAGGUAUAUAUUCUCAAAAUGUAUUAUUUGUGUUUAUUCUUUAUUUUCUUUUUGAAAUUCAAAAAAAAAAAAAAAAAAUGAAAUAGGGGACAAAAGUGACCAAGAUUCUGUUUAUUUCUCCUAACUUGGUUCAUCAGGUUAGUCUGCUGUAUACUAAAUGUGGGGAUGAACACUUAACAGGGUUUUUUUUUUUUUUUUGGGGGGGGUACUUCGCCAAAAAAGAAUAAUAGGUUGUCGAAUGAAACAGAGUUGCCAACCAUUGGAAAUAAAACCCUCAAACCCAGAUAUUUCAUCUUUUAUUUCCCUCUCUGAUUUCGUCAGCCAUUCGUUUGUCUGGGCUCUGUGGCAUAAAGAAGAUAAACUAUUGAUAUUCCCAAUCAAUUUUAUUUUUGUACAUGGUUUUCCAAAGACUUCAAUUGCAAUCAAUUAUAACUGAAUGUAUCUAUUAUGUCAUAGGGCCCAGGUUAAUGAGAACAUGGCAUGUAUUCUAGAGUCAUUCAUUAGUUUGUAUGGGUAUUGUACAAAUAUUUAUCAUACAUUAUAUAGUAACACACAUUAAUAGCAAUCAAUGUAUUUAUGGAAAAUUCAAAUUAGUGCAAGAAUUCUUUUCAGAAGACCUUGGGAGAACUCUCAUCAGAACAGAUAUUUAGAUUCUAUAUUGUAAUAGAUUACUCUGUCUAAGGGAGUCUGUAUAAAACACAUGUACAUGUAUUUAUCUAUACAGUAUUUAUAUAAUGUCAGAUAUUUUUUCAGGAUAUAUGUAGUCUGAUAUUGUACCAAUAUUUCCUUUAUUGUAAAAAGGCUUCAGUCGAUGUCAACUGGUUUGAAAUGUAAUUUGCUUCUUCCUGUUGUGGAAGAACACUAGAAUCAGAAUCAUUAUAGGGGCUUAACGGUAGACCAUGUAUUCUUUUGUGGGUCUGUGAUUGGUCCUGAAAAGGACCAUCCAAACUCACAUUUCGACAAGUAUGUUCUCAGCAUCUUCUGGGCCGCAUUUCAUAAAUAGUUGCUAUGAUAGCAACUCUUGCCAAUGUCAACUUUCAUUGGAAGAGCCAAUAAAAAAAAACAGAAUUUUCACUGUUGUCAUGGUAGCUGACAUUCCAGCAAGGGUUGCUACAUGUAUCAUAUCAACAUUUUAUGAAAUAGGGCCAGAAAAAUGAGCAAAUUUUGUAAAAGCAGAAUGUUUUUGGAGAAGAUGAAGGAGAACAUGUUUUGUUAAAAGGUGAACGUCUUUGAGAAAUUGAUAGCCCACUACACUCCUAAAGCCAACUCCCACUCUGCGAUUCACUUAAAAAUCCAUUUCAAUUAAUCUCCUUUUCUGCUUGUAUCAAAAUUGACUUGAGGUUGGGGAGAAUGUUCUCUUAUGAGUUAUUUAUACCAGAAGAUCAAUGUGCUUAAGCCUAUUUUUAUCGGAUGGAACUAGAAUUGUACUUUCUUAUAAAUAUCUCAAUAACUUAUCUAUUUUUCUAUUGCACAGAGCAAUACUUAGAUUUCAACAAAUACUUAAAACUUUGAGCUUCUCCUAUGUCAUUUGUCAAAGCAUGGAAGAUAUUAUAUAUGUUAAUCAUGAAUUCAAUUCUAUAUGAAUGUUGAUUGAUAUAAACAAGUGGCCUCUAUUUUUAUGAAUAUGGUUCUUGAUUUUAGCAGUGCAUAGAGAAAAUACUAUAGUCACAACAAUGAAACCAACCGAUAAAAGAUUAUAGAAUUAUUUUGAAUGGCUUAUCGUGAGCCGAUUUAUGGUUUGUCUUGUUGUCGGGACUGUAGCAUAAUACAUACAUGUAUGUGAGAAAUUGUGUGUUCAGGGAAAUAACAAUUAUCAUAUAUUGAGGGAACUCAUUCUUGAUCUGCAAAACCAAUUCUUCUCAGCCAAAGAUACUGUCACUGCAUGGAAGGUGAUGAUAAUCUAUUUUUUUUCAUUAUUAUGAAUAUAAUCCUGUUAAUUUAAUGCUUGAUAAUGCUUGAUACUUAAUUAAUCCUUUUGGUUUGUUAUAUACUUUAUUUCAUCCCACUUUUUUAACCUUUAAAAAGGAAAUGUUUAUUUUAAAACUGUUUAAACGCACCAUUCAUGUGAAUUAAUCAUUCUACAUGUUCAUCCAUCCUAGAUGUAUGUCAUAAAUUUUGCUAUUGAUCGUUAAACGACUUGUCAUCAUUUGAUCAUUUAUGAAACUCUACCAAAGUUUGAUAUCAAAGGUUUUUGUCAGAAAUUUAGUUGAAAGUGAUCUCAAAUAUA